AUAAUGUUAAUUAUUGAUUAAAAAAACAGGUCAAGAAGUAUUUGUUUAGGUCAGGUCAUUAAUUUAUAUAUUAUUUUUCCAAUGUUACAUUUAUUUUUAUUUUCAGAAUUGCCUUUAAUUAUUUUUAUUACUUAAGAAAAUGCUUAUUCCAUAUAUUAUUUGCUCAAUACUGACCCUCCCAGGUUAUUUAAUAAUAUUUACAUUGAUGUGGUUACUAAGUAUAUUUGUUUUCUUUUACAUCAAAAUAAGGUACGGAGAAAGAGCAGUAUUUUUAGACAGUGCAGAUACUUUAUUUGCACUUAAGGAAACUUAUCAUAAUGUAAGUAAAUUACUACUGAUAUUAAAUGGCAAUAAUAAGGAUGAAGAUAUUGAGGCAAACGCUAAAAGAGUAAUUCAAGAAAGGUUGUUUAAGUAUCCAGAUAAAUUUGGAAGAUUGAUGUGUUCAGUACAUAUGUUCUUGGGUUACCCAUUCUUUCUGAGAGAAAAUGUAACAGCUGAUAACAUUGUAAAUACACUAGAAGUUGAUAAAUCGAAUUUUAAAAAUAUCCAAGACAUUCUUUCAGCGUACAGCAGUAAGCCUUUACCUUUAGAUAAUAAGUUACUUUGGGAGGUAACUUUUCUUAAGGCUUCCGAUAAAUGGAACAGAUUAAAUAAUUUAAAAAAUCAUCAGGUAGCUGUAAUUAUAAGAUUAAAUCAUGCACUUGGAGAUGGUCUUAGUUUUAUGAAUUUAUGUGCAGAAAUUUUGGGAGAGAACGAUAUACGUUUGGAUAAAACUUUCAAAAAUAUACCAAAGAGUGCGGAGUGGACGAAGAAUCCCGUAAUGGAUAUUUUGCUAAAGUUGUUUUUCUUUCUUAUUGUUCCAGGAUUCUAUAUUGUGGAGAAGAUCAAACUUUUUAUAAAUAAUUUUGACGGACCCAUUAUUGUUCAUAAACAAGUUAUGACAUUUAAAGCUGAAAAAACUGGUGAACAUUUAAUUAAAAAACUGAAAAAAAUUAAAAAAGAUAUUGGUGAUACCAGCUUUACAGAAGUCUUACUUACACUUAUAUCUGCUAGCUUAUACACCCAUUUUCAAAGUAAAGGUGAUCAUAUUCCGAAGAUAUUACCUUUUGGUAUUAUUUUUGUCAAAGAUUUGGAACCACUAACUAUAAAUGGUACACCAGUAAUAAGGAAUCAAUUUGGAUAUGUUGUUUUAAGCAUUCCAAUUGCAACUGGGUCAAGUUCCCUUCUUAAGAGAUUAGAAUAUUUAAAAAAAAAUUCUAGAACAUUUUCAACUAUGAUUGAUUUUCAAAUUCGUAAGUUUCUGCUUUUCCAUAUUAUAAAGUUCAUACCCAUACCGGUACUAACGUGGAUAUUUCCAUUGUAUGGUUUAUGGGGUAGUUUUAGCAAUUUACCAGAAUUUCCUAGAAUUGUCAUUUUUAAUGGACACGAGGUAGAAAAUUGUUUCUUCUUUACUUUAAAUAGAGACCAACUGGGUACAGGAUUUAGCGUAAUUGGCUAUGAUGACAGAAUUCAUUUUGGCGUGACAGCGGACAUCAAUCAUAUUGGUUCAAAAGAAGAAUGCGAUACAAUCAUAAACGAUAUUUUUAAAAAUAUUGAAUUAUUAAGACUAGAAAUUGAAAUGAAGAAAAUCUAAAUUUAAAGCUUAAAAUUAUAGAUGACAAUGAGAGAAGCAAUGAAUGUUAAAUCUAAAUAAAAAAGUAGAUUUAGAAGUUUGAAAUAU